AUGUUAUUAUCAUUUAUUGAGGUACUUAUUGUAAUUGUACCAUUAUUAUUAUCUGUAGCUUUUGUAACUAUUGCAGAGCGAAAAGCUAUGGGUUCUAUGCAAAGACGAUUAGGACCUAAUCGAGUAGGAUAUUAUGGUCUAUUACAACCAUUUGCAGAUGCAUUGAAACUUUUUGUUAAAGAAUCAGUUGUACCUGCUCAUUCAAAUAAAGCUUUAUUUUUACUUGCACCUGUUAUUGCUUUAAUCACAAGUUUACUAGGAUGGGGAGUAGUUCCUUUUGGAGCCGGAUUAACAUUAGCAGAUCUUAGUCUAGGUAUUUUAUAUCUAUUAGCUGUAGGUUCUCUAGGUGUAUAUGGAGUACUGAUGGCUGGAUGGAGUGCAAACUCUAAAUAUGCUUUUCUAGGAGGACUACGAAGUACUGCUCAAAUGGUUAGUUAUGAAGUAGUAAUGGGAUUAAUCAUUCUUACUGUAGUAUUAUUAGUUGACUCACUAAAUCUAACUACUAUUAUUACAAACUCAAAUUAA